AGGGGAGCUCGACCUGGCACAAAGGUAAUCCGGAAACAAGGUCAGGGUAGAGCAGCACCCAUUUUGCAACCCAGUGAAAAUGCAUCUCAGAGAGCACUCCCGGCAUCCCAGAGAGCACUGCCGGCAUCUCAGAGAGCAUCCACUUCAGCACCCAGCCAGAAUGCAUCUCAGAGACCACUCCCGGCAUUCCAGAGAGCACCGCUAAUACCCACACAGUCUAGGCCUUCUGAACCUGUUUAUUCUCAUGAUUACAGCUCUUCGAUGCGCCAUAUCAAUCUUUACUCAAUGAGCUCUCGAUAUGGGGGGAGUCCUCACCUACUUACCGGCCAUAUCGUUCUUCACCUCCUAUUGACAGAAUUGGCGAGAGCUCUGUGA